UAUAUUAUCAUCACUAUUUUUUUCUUUCUCCAUCAUCUUCUUGUAUUGAAAUUAAAGUAGUAGCCCUUCAAAUAUCCAUUUGAAGACUUUUUAUUUUUAUUUUUGUAAAAGAAAAAAAAUGGUGAAUAAAAGUACUACUAGAACUAGAGGUUCAAGUAGCUACCAAGUGAUACCCCCAAUGGUAGUGACACUAUUUGCACACUUGUUGUUCAUAGCUAUAACAAUACUUGUGUUAGUUUGGCUUUUGCACUUUAGGGAAGGACUUGCUUUCUCUUCAUCCAACAAGCCAAAGAUUUUCAAUAUUCACCCUUUGCUUAUGGUUAUUGGAUUUGUUUUAAUGUCUGGAGAAGCAAUAAUGGCAUACACAACAACUCCAACAUCAAGGAAGAACCAUAAAUUAUUUCACAUGUUUCUUCAUUUAAUAGCUCUUGUGGCUGGAAUUAUUGGAGUAAUUGCAGUUUUCAAAUACCAUGAUGAAUCUGGAAUUCCUCAUGUGUAUACAUUUCACUCUUGGAUUGGACUUUCCACCAUCAUUCUCUUUGGUUUGCAGUGGAUAUUGUCCUUCUUGACCUUCUUAUUCCCUCGAGCGCGAACCUCAACAAGGUCAAGGGUGGCGCCGUGGCACGCCCUAAUCGGGAUCACCAUUUUCUUCAUGGCGAUAGUAACCGCGGAGACAGGCGUGGUGCAGAAAUUCAUAUUUUUAAGUCUUCGAAGGAACCAAGAAGGACUUAUCGUUAAUUUCAUCGGACUUCUGAUCCUCCUCUUCGGUAUUUCAGUUGGUCUCACCGUUCUCGUGUAAAACUCCAUCAGAAUGGCUAUUUUUUAAAAAGUGGUUAGUCAACGCUAUUUUUUACUACUUGGAUGUGGUUAUUAGUUAAAUAUUUAAAUUUUUUGUAAAUAUCUUCUUUUUUUAAUCUUGUUUUGUGUGCUAUAAUGAAUUAUUAAGGUCCUUGUAUGAAUGAUUUAGUUUUGUAUCUUUUUUCUUUUCUUUUUGUAUUGUGUCUUUAAUUUUUGUAUUUAAUUAAAGUGGUUAUGUAAAUACACAAUUAAUCUUUUUUGUUUGUUUUAGUUAAUUUUCAUUUCGUAA